AUGGCUGAGAUUUACAAAGUCACUUUCUAUGGUGACCAAAUUGGAGUUACUGUCACGAAGGAUGCCACAGUGGUUAACGAAUGGAUUCUGCAAACUAUGCACAUCCAUGGUGGAGGCCUUGUUGGUCUCGAUAUCGAGUGGCUUCCCUGUUUCAACCCCGAGGAAAAUCACCCUGUCGCUCUCCUCCAGCUCUGUGUAGAACGACGUUGCCUACUAUUCCAACUCCUCCAUAAAGACGCCAUUCCAGUAUUCUUCGUGAACUUCCUCAGGGACCCAAAUUUCAAGUUUGUCGGGGUCGGGGUUAAAGGAGAUGCGGAGAAAUUGCUUCGUGAUCAUAGGUUGUUUGUGGUGAAUACUCUGGAUUUGAACGGACUGGCAUUGUCUGUUUACGGAGAGGAAGUUUACGGGGAAGAUGGGAUUGAAGAGAAUGGCGAAAGAGGUGCUUGGGAAAGUGAUGGAGAAGCCAUUGAAUGUAACACUGAGUAA